AUGUUGAGGGAGGCCGUCGUGGCUGGGCAUACUGGUUCUCGUUCGUUCCACCUCACAGCUGCUGCGUUAUCCCCGUCGCCUUCGCGGCCAGUGUCGGCCCCAAUCCCUUCCAGUACAACAUCAGCGACCGAGCCUAUGACCGCACUCGCAAACCGUGACUCCAACCAAUAUAGUUUGGAACAUCCCAAGAACAAGGCUGAGUAUGUGCUCUCUACCCUGGACAAGGUCGCCAACUGGGCGAGGCAAGGAUCAAUGUGGCCGAUGACCUUCGGACUUGCCUGCUGUGCCGUAGAAAUGAUGCAUAUGGCUGCUGCUCGUUAUGACCAAGACAGACUUGGUAUUAUUUUCCGUGCCAGCCCUCGCCAAAGUGAUAUCAUGAUAGUGGCUGGAACACUCACCAACAAGAUGGCGCCUGCCUUGAGAAAGGUGUACGACCAGAUGCCCGAGCCAAGAUGGGUUGUCUCCAUGGGUUCUUGCGCAAAUGGCGGUGGCUAUUAUCACUAUUCGUAUUCCGUCGUCAGAGGAUGCGACCGUAUCGUUCCCGUGGAUAUCUAUGUGCCUGGUUGCCCUCCUACGGCCGAAGCCCUUCUAUACGGUAUGUUGCAGCUCCAGCGUAAGAUGAGGAGAAGUCGAAAGGGAGUCCUCUGGUACCGAAAGUAA